GCUGUCCAUUACACGACCAGGAAAUACGACUCUAUGUUGUUUACGUUUACAACAACAACAACAAACACGAGCACAUGGAGUGAAGGAAAGUCUUAAGUUAUUAAGGAGAGACAAUAAUGGAUGACUACGAGCAAGACGGCAGCGAGUUACGGCUGCCGGAGCUGCAGCUUCCUGAAGGCUUGACGGCCGACACCCUAGCUGACCUAAUGACAGCGGUACUGCUUCACCAAGCCUAUUGUCAAACUGAUCCUUGGGCUCAGUGGCUCAUUGUAGCAACAGUUGAAAUUAUACAUGGCCGUCCUGUUCCAAGGUUAGAUCAAGAGAUGCUUAACUUGCUGCAGGGCAUAGCUAUGACAGAAAAUCCAGAGAGAAGCCCAAACUCUUCCCACACUUAUGAUCAGGUUUUGGGAGAAAGUUCAUCUGUAACUUGCUCUGAUAAAGAGCAAAACCCAGGAAUGGAAAUGACAAGUUGCAAAAGUGAAGUUGAUACAGAUAAGGAAAUGCAAUUUAAACACAACAAAGAACAAAAGAAUAUUAGCUUAAUGAAAAGAAAUGAAAGUGCUAACAAACUGGCUGAGAUGACUUCAUCAAAUUGUUUAGAAGGUUCUCGUGAUGUAACAUCAGAAAGAAAAUCAGAAUUAGACAGUUUGGCCACUGGUGUUGAUGUUAGUGUACAGAUAAGCCCAAGAAUCAUGGGUAUAAUGUGUAACAAAUGGAUACAGGUGAAAAAAGUAAAGAAAAUUGCACAAAGUAGUCAGACUGAGAAAUUAUUGUAUAAGGAUCAAGAAUCUCAAAGUGAAUAUACUGAUCAUUUUAUAAGAUUAUUUGAAAACAAAUGUGAUAAAGAGACGCAAACAAUGAUUAUUGAAAAGGAAAACUCAAGCAGUAAUAAAGAGACGCAAACAAUGAUUAUUGAAAAGGAAAACUCAAGCAGUAAUAAAGAGACACAAACAUUAGUCUUAGAAAAGGAAAAGCUACACUGGCAUUUAGGACAAACAAAAGCAUCUUUGAAUAAUGAAUGGCAGUUAAUUCAUAUGUCUGGUUUGCCUGAACUCAGAAAACACUGCAGUAAAACCAGUUCUGAUAAUAUUAAGAAAAAACACACAUCAGAAAAGAAAAAACAUAUAAUUCCAUGUGGUUCUUCCAUUCGGCACUCUUCUCAGAAACCUUUGAUGAAUAAAUAUAAUAAAUCGGUAGAUAAUGAAGAGAGGAUAAAUGAUUCAAAAGACAUGGAUCUCCUUUCAGGUAAUUCUGAUAACAGUGAAAUCAGUAUUCCACUGUUUCAUGGUAGACCAUUAAUACAGUCAAAGAGUAAAAUGACUGCUGCUUUAAUUCCUGUGGAUCCUGUUAGCGAAUUUGCAAUCAUAAUGCUUGAGGAUCCUCGCUGCACUUAAUUGUCUUCUGUGUAGACAAUUAAGACUUCUGUCUUCAGAACUUUAGUUUCUCCUUUAACUAUUCAUGUGCAUUAAUCCAAUGAUCACAGUUGGUUAAAACAACGCUUCAGGUAUUUCAUUUCUGUAGAUUUAAAAGUGCUAUAGAUUUUAUAUACUGGUACUCUGUAUUAUUCAUUAUUUUUGUUAAUCCUUUGUAUCCAGGAGAUCAUCAAUAAUAUUGUGCCUCUUAACCACUGUAUUGCACAGAGCUCCCUAAGGCACUCUGAGAGAUUUUUUUUUUUUUAAUUAGGCUAUAUUUUAAUGUUUUUUAAUGUUUUCAUCACUCUUUGUGUUUUGAAAUGUAAAUGGUUGAGUUUGGAAACAUUUUUACAUUAACUUUGCCUGAACAUUUAUAAAAACAACAAAAAUGUGUCCUUGACAAUUGCAUUAUGAAGUUUUUGCCAAAACAAGGUGAGCAGUGAGGUGGUUAAGGAGAUUUCAAGAUUUUUUUUCUUGGUUGGCAUCAAGAAGAAAAAUAUUGUGUAAAAUGUUUAUGCACAUGAUUAGUUCUCUAAGCAUUGUUUCCUUUCUUUUUUUGGGCCUUUCAUCCACCUUCCUCUCCCAGCUUUGCUCUUUGGGCACCCUACAAGCUUAGGUGUACAGUUACGGUGCAUACAACAUACAGCGCCCGGGAAGCGUUCGGCCGUGCGCUCGACAUGGUGGCUGCUGGGUAACUGAUGCCUCUCACGCGAUGGUAGCGUGAGCUGGAUUUUUUUUACAAAAUGGAGGCUGUUUACUAUAGCCCCUGGGCAGUGUAUGGGGGCCCCCCUCUACCCCGCAGGCCUUUCAAAUCUAGUGCGGUUAUCUUGGUUAUCUUGAGAGGAUUUCGGGGCUUAGUGUCCCUGCGGCCCGGUCCUCGACCAGGCCUCCACCCCCAGGAAGCAGCCCAUGACAGCUGACUAACUUCCAGGUACCUAUUUACUGCUAGGUAACAGGGGCUUCAGGGUGAAAGAAACUCUGCCCAUUGUUUCUCGCCGGCGCCUGGGAUCAAACCCGGAUCCACAGGAUCACGCGUCCAGUGUUCUGUCGCUCAGCUGCCAGCUCCCUUAACUCCAAUACCUCCUUAACUUAACUCCGCGGUACUCCAAUACAUCAUAUGAUGUGGAGCGCAAGUUACUGCAAGUCACUCAACACAUCAUAUGAUGUGUUGCGCAAUUAAAGGGUUAAAAUUCGCUAUGAUUUUCUGGUCCAUAGGCUGAAUUA